AUGUCAGCAUGGAGGGAACCUACGUCAGGCAUGUGGAGCUGUUGGGCUUCGAAAAACGACCAUUCCCGAGUCAGCACUAUGUGUACAUGUUGAUGGUGAAAUGGAGCGACCUCUCUGAAAAACUGAUCUACAGGACGUACCCUGAGAUCUACACCUUCCAUAAAUCUCUGAAGGAGAUGUUUCCUAUCGAGUCUGGUCGAAUCGAAAAGAAGGACAGAAUCAUCCCGUCGUUACCAGCACCACGGUGGCUGUUGAGCCAAAAGUCACCAGAAACCAAUCAGAGCACCUUGGCAGAGUACUGCCACUCUCUCAUCGACCUGCCGCCUCACAUCUCCCGCAGCAAACACCUCGCCAAUUUCUUCAAGGUUCGACCAGAGGACGAGAACCCGUCAGCCCCAAACACACUGAAAAGAAAUGAGACAUUUGUAGUAUCCAGGGACUUGGCCAGAGGCAACGCAUCUGAGAUUUCUGGCCCCAUCAUCCUGGACACCUACAGAGUCGUGGCAGACUUCGCCAAAACAUCCAAACAUGAGAUCGACCUGCACACCGGAGACCUGGUGGAAAUUGUGGAGAAAAAUCAGAAUGGUUGGUGGUUCUGCCAGUGUGAGUCUAGACGAGGUUGGGUUCCUGCCUCCUAUCUGGAGUCUCUUGAUGGACCCGAGGAGGCCGAGGACCCUGAGCCAAACUACGAAGGAGAGCUUCACGUCACUGUGAAAGCCUACAAGGCCGAGGAGCAGGACGAGAUCUCUCUGGAGCUGGGAGAAACCGUCGAGGUCAUCCACAAGCUGCUCGACGGCUGGUGGGUCGUCAGGAAAGAAGAUGAGACGGGACACUUCCCCUCCAUGUUCCUGCACAAAGCUGGCAAGAAAGAGAAAUAUGAAGCAGAGAGAGCCAGCCUCCAGGGACGGAAACCUCCACCUCGCAGGUCCACGAUCCGAAAUGCCAAGAGCAUUCACAACAAGGCUCGCAACCGAAUGAGCCAGGACGCCUACCGCAGGAACAGCCGCCGCUACCUCCAGCAGAAGGGAGGCCGCCUCGCCGAGCCACACAGGAACUCCAAGAACGCUGCAAAGUCACCGCUGAGGGAGAGAAAGAACCAAGACAACAUUCCCGAGGUGUCGGGCUCCGGUUCGGAGGGCGAGCUGAAGAAGGAGGCUCCGGUCAUCCCUCCCCGGCCCAGUCCGGAGCUCAUCCUGGAGCGCUGCAGCGACAACACUCGCAAGAAAGUCAGCAUCCACAGGUCGCAUGCCGGCUCCAGCAGCUAGCACCAGGAUUCAGCAUUAUGUUGUAAAAGUCACCAUGAAAUAUAUGACUUUCAAGAGCUUUUUUUGUUUCUUCAUUUGCUGCAGCCAGUUCAAACGUAGCCAUAAACCAAUGGAAUUAAGGGGAUAAAAGUCAUGUUGCAUUACAGAUACAUACAAGACAUAAAAUAUCAAAUGGUUUAAGGGGGGAAAUUGUGACAUUAAAGAUUACCUGAUAAUUUAUUCUUUAUUUUUGUUUUCGUAAAAAAAUAUAUAUAAUUUGAAAAGACUAAAACCAGCAAUUUCUUUUUAGCUUAGAGGACUGACAGAAAUUCCUUUGCUAUGCUAUGUUACUAAAGCAGCUGUUAGCACGACUUCUUCAUGACAUCACGAUGUAAAAACGAAGCAGCAUGGAGCCCUGCUGUCAGCUGAACUCUAAAGUUUUGGCUUUUCCAGAAGUUUUCAUGUCCAAUUUAAUGCAUCAACCCUUUUUCAGCAAAAGUAAAAGAAACACCUCGACCAAGUGUAGUAACAUGAUUUUACUUUUUUUGCACUGUGCAUUCAGCAUUUUUUAGUGUUUACUGUUUUUUGUUAUUUCUUUGUGUGUUUUUGUUAUUUCUUUGUGCGUUUUUGUGUGUUUUUAUGUGUGUUUUUUGUAUUUUUUAUGUUUUUGAUGUGUUUUUUUGUGUGUUUUGAGUGUGUUUAUUGUCAUUUUGUGGGGUAUUUUUGUGUUUUUUGUAUUUUUUUUUUUUUUUAUGUGUGUUUUUUUUGUUUGUUUUGAGUGUGUUUAUUGUAAUUUAGUGGGGUAUUUUUGUGUUUUUUGUAAUUUUUUGGUGUGUUUUUUUUGUGUUCAAAAUGUUGAUCCAGUAAGUCAAAAUGAAAAAAAUAAUAAUCAAGUCAUGUAGGUGAGGUUGUGCUGAAAACAAUGACGCCAACACGUCAUGGUAAAGAAGUCCAAAAGCAACAAAAUAGCCCCAAACUCCAAAGGGUUAAUGAGCUGAGACCCCUACAGCUGGAGGAGUGAGGAGUCAGCAGUAUCAGAGACGAAAAUGGCAGCACUGCACUUGCUUGUGCAGCUCUACCUCACUGCUAGUGUUCAUUACCACAAUGCAAGAAAAUAAGCUACAAUAAAGCUAUAUUUUUGUGUAAAAGCUGAUUAUACUAAGUCUUUAGACUGCCAAAAGAAUUAAUUUCUGUUGCUGACUAAAUGUCUGAAAGCUUUUAGAUCUCUUUCCAAACAUCUGUAGAGCUUUGUUUUUAUUUAUUUGCUGGUAUAUAAUAAUAAAACAAAAGGUUUAUUUCCGCAUCCUUUCCUCAAA